AUGGGAAACUGUUUGUAUGUGAAGCCAGCAACGAAGGAUGAAGUGACCACCUUGAAUACAAGAGAGGCACCACCUGCUCACUACAUGAUCAAGAUUGAAUCUUUCUCCGUGUUAGAAAAGUAUGGAAUUAAGAAAUACGAAACAAAAGAAUUUGUCGCCGGCGAUUACAAGUGGAGACUAAUAUUCAAAUUUAAUGGAAAAGAUAGUGAUUAUAUAUCUGUAAACUUGGCUAUGGCGGACACAACUUCUCUGCCUACAAACUGGGAAGUCAAUGCUCUCUUCAGCGUCUUUCUCUUUAAUCAGAUUUCGGGCAACUAUCUUUCUUCAACAGCUACUAGUUAUUGGUUUUCAACUUCCAUCAAUAGUUGGGGAUGGCCUGCAUGGAUUGAGCUUGCAACUAUUAAUGAUCCUAACAAAGGAUUCAUAGUCAAUGAUUGUUGUCUUCUAAGCAUAGAUAUCCAUGUCCAAGAUGUUGCAAACAUAAUUAAUUAA